CGGGAGGGGUAGGACGCGUUGGUCCCGCUCGCAGCUCCGCAGCUGCCGCAGUCGCCGCAGCCUCUGAAGCGUCGGGACCGGGUCUAGCAGUCCUCGCUGAGUCUUCCCCGCGCGCGGCGCUCGGGGCUGCCCUGGGUCCCGCUUCAGCACCGCGGACAGCGCCCGCCGCACAAGCGGACGGCGGGCGGGCCCUCAAGUACCCGGCGACCCCCGCCCGCGGGGCCCGGCGGGAGCCGGACCGCAGGGGCACCCCGCGGGGCAUGCACUUAGGGCGCCUUACUCGUGCUACCCAGAACCAGGCCCGCGGUGGCCGGAGCCCAUGAGCACCAUGCGCCUGCUGACACUCGCCCUGCUUUUCUCCUGCUCCUUCGCCCGCGCCGCCUGCGACCCCAAGAUCGUCAACAUCGGUGCGGUGUUGAGCACGCGCAAGCACGAGCAGAUGUUCCGCGAGGCCGUGAACCAGGCCAACAAGCGGCACGGCUCCUGGAAGAUCCAGCUCAACGCCACCUCGGUCACCCACAAGCCCAAUGCUAUCCAGAUGGCCCUGUCGGUGUGUGAGGACCUCAUCUCCAGCCAGGUCUAUGCCAUCCUAGUUAGCCACCCACCUACUCCCAAUGACCACUUCACUCCCACGCCUGUCUCCUACACAGCUGGCUUCUACCGCAUCCCCGUCUUGGGGCUGACCACCCGCAUGUCCAUCUACUCAGACAAGAGCAUCCACCUGAGCUUCCUGCGCACCGUGCCUCCCUACUCGCACCAGUCGAGCGUUUGGUUUGAGAUGAUGCGCGUCUACAGCUGGAACCACAUCAUCCUGCUGGUCAGCGAUGACCACGAGGGCCGGGCUGCGCAGAAGCGCCUGGAGACGCUGCUGGAGGAGCGCGAAUCCAAGAGUAAAAAAAGGAACUAUGAAAACCUCGACCAACUGUCCUAUGACAACAAGCGCGGACCCAAGGCAGAGAAGGUGCUGCAGUUCGACCCUGGGACCAAGAAUGUGACAGCCCUGCUGCUGGAGGCUCGAGAGCUGGAGGCCCGGGUCAUCAUCCUCUCUGCCAGUGAGGACGACGCUGCCACCGUCUACCGCGCGGCUGCGAUGCUGAACAUGACGGGCUCGGGGUACGUGUGGCUGGUGGGGGAGCGCGAGAUCUCAGGGAACGCCCUGCGCUAUGCGCCCGACGGCAUCAUCGGGCUGCAGCUCAUAAAUGGCAAGAACGAGUCAGCCCACAUCAGUGAUGCGGUGGGCGUGGUGGCCCAGGCUGUGCAUGAGCUGCUGGAGAAGGAGAACAUCACCGACCCGCCGCGGGGCUGCGUGGGCAACACCAACAUCUGGAAGACUGGGCCACUCUUCAAGAGGGUGCUGAUGUCUUCCAAGUAUGCAGACGGAGUGACUGGCCGUGUAGAAUUCAAUGAGGACGGGGACCGGAAGUUUGCCAACUACAGCAUCAUGAAUCUGCAGAACCGCAAGCUGGUGCAAGUGGGCAUCUACAAUGGCACCCACGUCAUCCCUAAUGACAGGAAGAUCAUCUGGCCAGGUGGAGAGACUGAGAAGCCUCGAGGGUACCAGAUGUCUACCAGACUAAAGAUCGUGACCAUCCACCAGGAGCCCUUCGUGUAUGUGAAGCCUACCCUGAGCGAUGGGACGUGCAAGGAGGAGUUCACAGUCAAUGGAGACCCAGUCAAGAAGGUGAUCUGCACUGGGCCCAACGACACGUCUCCAGGCAGCCCACGUCACACGGUGCCUCAGUGCUGCUACGGCUUCUGCAUUGACCUGCUCAUUAAACUGGCACGGACCAUGAACUUCACCUAUGAGGUGCACCUGGUGGCAGACGGCAAGUUCGGCACACAGGAACGGGUGAACAACAGCAACAAGAAGGAGUGGAAUGGGAUGAUGGGCGAGCUGCUUAGCGGGCAAGCGGACAUGAUUGUGGCACCACUGACCAUCAACAAUGAGCGUGCACAAUACAUCGAGUUUUCCAAGCCCUUCAAGUACCAGGGCCUGACCAUUCUGGUCAAAAAGGAGAUACCCCGUAGCACACUGGACUCGUUCAUGCAGCCCUUUCAGAGCACACUGUGGCUACUGGUGGGGCUGUCAGUGCACGUGGUAGCUGUGAUGCUCUAUCUGCUGGACCGCUUCAGCCCUUUUGGCCGGUUCAAGGUGAACAGCGAGGAGGAGGAGGAGGAUGCUCUGACCCUGUCUUCUGCCAUGUGGUUCUCCUGGGGCGUGCUGCUCAACUCCGGCAUUGGGGAAGGUGCCCCCAGAAGUUUCUCCGCACGCAUCCUGGGCAUGGUGUGGGCUGGCUUUGCCAUGAUCAUUGUGGCCUCCUACACUGCCAACCUGGCGGCUUUCCUGGUCCUGGACCGACCGGAGGAGCGUAUCACAGGCAUCAACGACCCUCGGCUCAGGAACCCCUCGGACAAGUUCAUCUAUGCUACUGUGAAGCAGAGCUCGGUGGACAUCUACUUCCGGCGGCAGGUGGAGCUGAGCACCAUGUAUCGGCACAUGGAGAAACAUAACUAUGAGAGUGCAGCCGAGGCCAUCCAGGCCGUGCGGGACAACAAACUCCAUGCCUUCAUCUGGGACUCAGCAGUGCUGGAGUUCGAGGCUUCGCAGAAGUGUGACUUGGUGACCACUGGCGAGCUGUUCUUCCGCUCUGGCUUCGGCAUUGGCAUGCGCAAGGACAGCCCCUGGAAGCAGAAUGUCUCCCUGUCUAUUCUCAAGUCCCAUGAGAAUGGCUUCAUGGAAGACCUGGACAAGACUUGGGUUCGGUACCAGGAAUGCGACUCGCGCAGCAAUGCCCCUGCGACACUCACUUUUGAGAACAUGGCAGGGGUCUUCAUGCUGGUGGCUGGAGGCAUCGUGGCUGGGAUCUUCCUGAUUUUCAUUGAGAUCGCCUACAAACGGCACAAGGAUGCCCGAAGAAAGCAGAUGCAGCUGGCCUUCGCCGCAGUGAACGUGUGGAGGAAGAACCUGCAGGAUAGAAAGAGUGGUAGAGCAGAGCCUGACCCUAAAAAGAAAGCCACAUUUAGGGCUAUCACCUCCACCCUGGCAUCCAGCUUCAAGAGACGUAGGUCCUCCAAAGACACGGUAAGGGGGAGAGCACCCCAGUCCCACGUCGCCAACUCCUCCCUCGCCCCCUGUCUGUCUCCCUCUCCUUCACCAUCCCACCCUUGCUCCCACCGCCAGCCCCGGGCCGUCUGUGCCUCUGCCCCGUCAGCCCCGUACCCCAAGUCAGCCCUCUGCCCCCACGUGGGCACUGUCCUUCGGGACUCCUCAGGCCGCUCCCUGCCCCCGCUGUCCUCAGCUUUCCCCAUGUGUCUCCACGUUAGUCUGCCCACCCCUCUGCCCAUGCCAUGACCCACACACCAUCCUGAAGCCGUCUCAUGUUGUUGGUCAGUCAGUCAGCCUCACCACCCCGGCUGCGCCCAGCCGAGAGCCCAGAGCAUCAUGUCCCAGGUUUCCCUGCCAGGAGGCCACACCACUUCUUUGUGACAUCCCUGUUUCUAUCGCCUCCCUCAGAGGGCCCUGCCACCCUCACUCCUGCCCUGCAGGGCUCUGGAGGGGGUGGCUGUGAUGUCCCCAGACACCUGUCUCACCUGUCUCACCAGAGCCAUGCCUGUCGCACCCUCCAUGUGGUCUCUGUGUGGGCCGGGGCUGGGGGCCGGGCCUGGGCCAAGCUGGGUGGAUGGCUGGGGGCCGGUGUUGGAACUGGCCCCAGCCCAGGGGACUGUCAGGUGGGGAAUGGGGCGGGACCAGAGGGUGGCUCCGCCCCUGAGCUGAACAGGACACUGCUGGUGAGGCCGCAGCCCCCAGAGGGUCUGAGAGCAGGUAGGGGUAGCCCCACAGCCCUGACCUACAGAGCCCAGGAUGAUACUGAGGUUCCCAGAUGGAGACUCCGGAAGGGGACGCUGAUAGGCACCUCUGUUCUGACCCCCAGGAAUCUCACAGGGCCACUGUCAGAACCAGGCCUUCUGCCUUUUGAACCAAAACUCUUGUCUCCUGCCUUGGGCAGCUUGUCAUUGCACUGGAAAUGCACUCAGAAAGAAAAAGGCCCACAGCCAGGUGUGGUGGAGCACACCUGUAAUCCGAGUGACUCGGGAGUCUGAAGCAGGAGGAUCACAAGUUUGAGGCCAACCUCAGCAAUUUAUGGAGGCCCUAGGCAACUUAGUUUAAUAAAAAAAUCAAAGUACAAGGGCUGGAGAUGUAGCUCAGCAGUAAAGCACCUCUGGGUUCAAGUUGCAGUACAAAGAAAAGAAAAAGGUCCCCAAAGGGACCCUGCCUUACUAGAGGUACCCUGUCCCAGGGAGCCCAGAGGGUCAGCAUUACCCUGCAGCCCAGGGGCCAAUUUGACCUCCAGUUCACAGGAAGGCCCUCUUACCCAUGGGCAACAUCACCCAAAGGGGUUUUAUACCCUGGGGAGGAAUUGGGAUUUUCAGCUCCUACCCCUUAUACAGGAAGUGGGGCAGACCUCCAGGACACAGAUAGGACUUGGCCCAGAGCAGCCCAAGUCCCAGGGCGAAGUCGCCAGGAUGCCCCAAAAAGGCGUGUGACGACUGGCUGCUCAGUUCCCUGAGGCAGGGGCUGGGCACAGAGAGGACACAUGCAUAGUGAGGGUCCCAGGGCUGUGAGCAACUGGAGGUUCCAGCCACUGGUGGCAGCACAGCCCUCAGGGCUGCCUAGGCCAGGGAAUGUGGGCAGGACCUAUGCUUUAAGAUCUGAGCCAGGGUCCCCACUAGGGGGUGCUGUGAAGUGGGAGGGAGAGGACUGUGGGUAGGGGUAAUCAGGGAGCAGGAUGUCUGCUUGCAGACAGGAGAAACAGCACUUCUUGGGCAAGAUAGCCAAAGGGGGGAGACACAGAAGUCAUGCAGGUGAUGGGCCACUUUCAGAGGGUGGCACCGAGUCCCAGCGCCAAUGCCUGGAGCUGGCCCAGAUACAGCUCAAAGCCCUGCAUGGUACCUUUCUGGGGACAUACUCCUAGUGGAAUCCUUGCCUGAUCCUGGGCACCAGGGACCGCCCUCUGGGGCCAGCCCUGGCGCCAGGUGGCAUCUGGGGCUGGUCCCCUCCUGCAGUGUUGACUAUGGGGCACUGCCACUGGGAUCUGGGCGGGGUCGGGCAGCCCAGCUCCCACCCUGUCUCUGGAGCUGGGCGCCUGUUCAG